AUGAAGUCGAUCACUCUCGCCAUCCCUUUUGCCAUCGCUGCGCUGGUGCACGCCAGCAGCCUCGAGCCUAUGAGCAAUAUCCUGAUAGAACAAAGCGAGCCAUGCCUUGCCAUCACGCAGUCCGAGGCAGAGUCCUUCAUCCAAAAGUUCGCCACCACAAUCGACCACACAGGAGACUGGGAAGCCAGUGCGAAAAAGAUCCUCGCCAAGGACUUCGUCUUCGCUUCCAACCCUUACAUUUCCCGAAACCAUUUGCCAGUCGUCAAAGGUCCCUCCUACGGCAUCGCAGCGUCCGACCGCAAGACCUACAUCGAACAGUUGGCAGCCCUUACCGUUUCCGACCUGACGACCGACGACGUCCUCGUCACGGAUUGCGGCAAGGUGAUCUGGAGAGCUAAUGUGGGUAGCGGAGGUCCUGUAGAAUAUCCCUCCAAGAUCGUUGGGAUUCUGACGUUGGAGCGGGAGAAGAAGAAAAAGGGGGUCGAAGGGGCGCUCGUUGCGACUAGGUGGGAGUGUGAGUUUGAUAGUGUUGGUUGGAGUAUUGGGCUGGGGUUGGAUUGUGAUACUUGUGUUGGACCUCCUGCUCCUGGGGGUUAUGUAACACUUUCGAGGAUGGGGCAACGAAGGUAUAAAGAGUUCGUGCUUGGAGACGGAUCUUACCUCUUGGAUCAUCCAUUCUCACAUCGAGACGCAACACCAGUCAACGCUCCAGUCCCCGCCGUUAUGAAGCUUUUGAGCAUCGUUGCGACCUUUCCAUUGAUCACGUUAGCGUUUGCCGGCCACGAAAACGCCAUGGACGUCUACAGGCGCAAUCAGUCAUCGAUCAGCAUCACUGAUGCCGAAGCGGCCUCCUUCGUCGCCGACUUCGCCACCCUCUUCGAACAUCCCGAAGGCUGGAAGAAGACUGCUGAUCAAAUACUGUCCAAAUAUAUCGUUUUCGCUUCGAAUUCUUUCCUCACGAGACGUCUGACACUGCUCGAAGGGGGGAACUCCACCGGCAUCGUCGCACAAGAUCGCGAGGCAGUCAUCGACAUCCUGGACUCGCUUAGCGUUUCCAACAUAAGCACAGACGACAUUUUAACCACUACUUGCGGCAAGAUCAUCUGGAGAGCGAACUUUGGAGCCGUGGGCCCAGUGAACUAUCCUGUAAAGCUGAUGUUCAUCUUGACGCUGAAGAGAGCGAAUGAGAAGAGGGGAGAUCAGAGUACUUGCAGACUUGUGGCCACCAAAGUCGAAAACGAGUAUGAUUCGAUGGGGUGGAGUAUAGGGGCUGGACUUGAUUGUGGUUCGUGUGCAGUGUCGGGAGCCCCUGAGCAUUACGCAUGA